AUGUCGAGCGACGGGAGCGGAGCGAGCCAAGAAGACGAGAGCGAAUACGAAAGAGACGAACGUAACAGACGAAGUAGCAUCGCGAGUGCCGUCAAAAGGGGCGACGAGCGCGGGCCGCAGAGAAGACCGAUAACGACGGGCACCAGGAACCCCGGUGUCACGCGGGAGAAAGACCAGACAAAACGAGACGACAGCGCGCCACUACAGAGAGAAGCCGGAGGAGGCCCCCGCGGGGCUGGACAGAGCACAGACGAGAAUGUAGUCUGCAAGAACCGCAAAAGGAAGCGAAAGAAGGAGGAGAUGACAACGCGGGCCAACACGCGACGACGCGAGGAAAAAGACAAGGCGCGCGCAGAGAGGAAGAGGAGCGGCGCGACGCAGUCCGGAAGAAGCCCAGGAGAGGACGAGCCGCCAGAGAAGCCGAAGCGAGAGGACAAGGAGGGGAGGAGAGAGGGCAAAGUAAAGGCCGAUGGAGGAAAGGGGGGAGAGUCAAGGGCGCACCCCGCGGAAGAACUAGCGCACUGGGACGACGCCGGAGGAGCCAGACGGGAGCAGGCGAAGCGACGAACGGAAGACGCAGGCCAGCGAGGAAGGUAA